UGCCGCGGCCGGUCCGGCGGCCUCCACCCUCUCCCGCCCAGCCGGCUUCACUCCGGCUCCCUCCAGAGGCUGCGCUCUCGUCCCGUUUCGGACUUUGAUUGCUUACGGAGAGGAUUUGUCUUUUUCUAUUUCUUUUUCCUUUUACGAUUUGAAAAGGAGAAAAGAACGCACGGCAAGCUGGGACGGUGAAGCGCCACCAGCUGCCCCCACGUGGACACCUCCGAGGCGAAAGGGAGUUGGACGCACACUUGGGCCGGCCGGCCUUGAGGCCUCCACUUCGGCCGGACUCCCAGGCCUGGGGUCAUGACUCUCAGGCCCGGCAGGUGGAAGGCGUUGACUGUCCUGGGCUGGACCUGAGCCCCGGCCCCCGCUGCAACAACCCGCACCCCCGCCCCGAGCUCACCGACACACCGGCCACCUGGGCUAGGCUCUGACUCGCGCCUGCGACAUGGAUAAGUACGGCGACCUGGGCCUGGAGGCCAGCAAAUUCAUUGAGGACCUGAACAUGUACGAGGCCUCCAAGGAUGGACUCUUCCGAGUGGACAAGGGGGCAGGCAACAACCCUGAGUUUGAGGAAACGCGCAGGGUGUUUGCCACCAAGAUGGCCAAGAUCCACCGCCAGCAGCAGCAACAGCUUCUGCAGGAGGAGACCUUGCCCAGAGGGGGCAGAGGUCCGGUCAACGGCGGGGGCCCCCCAGGCCCACAGGUCCGACGGGAUGCCGCUGUAGGCCACAAGCUGACCCCGGAUGGUGCUACCAAGCCCCCUCUCGCUGCCUCGACAGCGGGUCCUGGGACGGCCAGCGCCGUCGCCUCUGGGCAGCCCUUGUAUCCACCCCAGGACCAGAGGGCCAGGCCGUAUGUCCGCAGCGGAAGCCAUGGCAGCCAGGACUGUGGCUCCAGGGAGAGCCUGGCACGCUGGGAGAUGUCUGCUUUCCGCCAGCCCGGCCCCUGCGAGGAUCCUUCCUGCCUCACCCACGGAGACUAUUAUGACAACCUCUCUUUGGCGAGCCCAAAGUGGGCUGAUGAACCGGGAGUGUCCCCCAGCAUCAGGGUGGGCGUCGGGAGUGGGUGGCCUGGCACCCCAGGGACUACUGAAGCACCACUGUCCAAACCCUCCGGGGACCAUCCCCUGUACCAGCCUCAGCUGGCCCCAAGCUCCAGCCAGUCGUCAGAGACCGGCCAGGAUGGCGGUGUUGGUGGCCGCGGCUGCGAGAAGCCAGCCGGGCUUUGGACUACCGCCUCUUCCCAGCGGGUGAGCCCCGGCCUUUCUUCCCCCGGCCCGGAGAACGGGGCCCUCAGGGGGCCCACUCAGCCCAGGACCCCUUCUUUCUUGGCACCCUUGGCCCAGAGCUGCCCCAGCCAAGGAGCUCUUCCCAGAACAAACUUGGGCAUGGGGAGCGAGGUAUCGGGCACCACGCCCAAACCCACUGUGGACCCUCAAGCCUGGUUCCAAGAUGGACCCAAGUCUUACCUUUCUAGUUCCGCCCCAUCAUCCUCACCAGCCAGCGCGGACAGCUUGCCGUCGGGUGCGGCCCCUGGACUGGGUCCCAAGCCUGUCUGCACGGACCCUGGCGUUGGUCCCAAGCUCAGCCCCACCAGCCUUGUCCAUCCGGUGAUGUCCACCCCGCCUGAGUUAUCUUGUAAAGAAGGCCCUUCCGGCUGGUCAUCUGAUGGCAGCCUGGGGCCUGGGCUCCGGGAGAGCCCCAGUCCCCCCAGGGUGAGGCUGCCCUGCCAGACCCUCAUCCCGGGCCCCGAGCUUGGGCCCUCCGCCGCUGAACUGAAGUUAGAAGCCCUCACUCAGCGUCUGGAGCGUGAGAUGGAUGGUCACCCGAAGGCCGAUUACUUUGGAGCCUGUGUAAAAUGCAGCAAAGGGGUGUUCGGGGCCGGCCAGGCCUGCCAGGCCAUGGGGAACCUCUACCACGAUGCGUGCUUCACCUGUGCGGCCUGCAGCCGGAAGCUGAGAGGAAAAGCCUUUUACUUUGUCAACGGCAAAGUGUUUUGCGAGGAGGACUUCCUGUACUCCGGGUUCCAGCAAUCUGCCGACAGGUGUUUCCUUUGUGGACAUCUGAUCAUGGAUAUGAUCCUGCAGGCCCUCGGGAAGUCCUACCACCCCGGCUGCUUCCGCUGCGUCAUCUGCAACGAGUGCUUGGACGGGGUGCCCUUCACCGUGGACUCCGAGAACAAGAUCUACUGUGUCCGAGAUUACCACAAGGUGCUGGCCCCCAAGUGUGCAGCCUGUGGGCUUCCCAUCCUUCCACCCGAGGGCUCAGAUGAGACCAUCCGCGUCGUGUCCAUGGACAGAGACUUCCACGUGGAGUGCUACCACUGCGAGGACUGCGGCCUGGAACUCAACGACGAAGACGGCCACCGCUGCUACCCCCUGGAAGACCACCUGUUCUGUCACUCCUGCCACGUCAAGAGACUGGAGAAGAGCCCCGCCCCUGCAGCUCUCCACCAGCACCGCUUCUAGCCGGAGCCUCUUCCAGACCUCGCGUUGGCGACCAGAAGCCAGCGUCGCAAAGCCAGAUAUCUGCCUGCUAAUUCCAGUGGCCCCACGGGGUGGUCGCGGGGAUGGGGGGGUGGGGAGGGGGGCCAGGCAGGUAAGUUUCUGUAUACGCGUGGGGCGCGGCCCCUUCAACCUCCCUGUCUGGUAGGUGUUACUUUCCAAGUGCCUUUCUCCGCCGCCCCGCCCUCAUCGGAUUACUCAGGAAGAUAACUCUAGCAGGUGCAUGGCGUGUGACACCCCAAGGAGCCCUCCGGGCCCCUCUGGGAACAGCUCAUGCUUUAGAGGGAAAAGUUUGCGCUGAGCGUACUUCUCGGUGUCCUCUGAGGAGGGCUCAGCUGCCGAUACCUUCAGCCCCUCCCUGUCCCUUUAGGAAAGCACCCGCAUCAGACAUUACCCCCGGUGGCCCCCCGCCCCCCCCCGCCGCCACGCACACGACAUGAUUUGAGACUGCACCCUCGACACGCACACGCAGCGUUAUGGGAGACGUCUCUCCGCCCCAGAGACUCCGCUCUUCUGUCGGAUGGCUGCAGAUUUUAACCGCAUUGUGGCAAGAGGGGAGCUGUGCCCGUACUCUGUGUCCGAGGAAGAACUGCUUGGUAAACCGGAGCCGAGUUGUGGACUGAGCGAGCCGGGGUUUCCUCCUCGUACGCUGACAACGUCUUGCCUGUUCCUGCAAAUCUUCACUCCCUGACAGGCAGCUGGGAGCCCGGGCGGAGGUUUGCCCCGUUCGAUAGCGAGGCGUGUUUGGGACGAGAACUUGGGUGCGGGUACCAGGCGUCCUUUGCCCUCCUGUUUGCACCGUCCUCCUCUGGAGCUCUCGAGAGUCUGGGACUUUGGAGUCACUCCCACAGAGGCAAGUCUCAGGAUCCCGUGUGGGGACAUCUCUGUGCCUGUCGUAGCUUAUCUAACCACGGGCUUUGGGGAAGCCUUGCCCAUGUGCUGAGAGCUGGCGCAUACACGAGGAGACUGUGUGUAUGUGUGUGUGUGUGUGUGUGUGUGUGUGUGUGUGUGUGUGACAGUGACAUCUCCAGCCAGCACGAGACGGAGAGCCUCAGGAAAAAUCACCAUGUUCGUUUUCCACCGUGUCUCAUCUGUCUCUGGCCCAGUGCUUGGCUCGGGCGUGGCCUGCGAAGAAACCCGCAGAAGGUACACUGCUUUGGUCUGUUUCUUUUCUUGUUUUUCGUUGUUUUCCUCCGCUUGCGGUCUUCCACGCGCACAAAAAUACCUCACAGGUCAGGGCUUCACCAAAUCGUACGUCGGGAGGAACUCGGCCGUCACGCUGAACUCAGAGAUGCCUCCGUGGGUGCGUGAGGGGUCUCGGCCUCCACGCGGGCCAGACUCCCGCGGGUCAGGGCGCUGUGAUAUCAGCUGAAGGUCAGCUGAGAGUGGAUCUAGUUGAACGUGGGUGCUGUUGCCUGACGUGUUUCAUCAUGUCGGUUCCCCAGGGUGGCGAGGGGCUAAGGGAGGGCCGCACCCAGGCAGGAUUUCAGGGCCACCUGUGCGCGGACAUGUCACACUUCUGAGGCCAGACGUCAGUACGCCCGGUAUUUCAAUGAAGAGGCGGUGUAAAAGACUUAAAAAAGGAGGUUGCCUGCCGUUCGCCCUCUCGGCCCGUGGGGAGGGCCCCCUGGCCUCGGUGUUGUUGCCGGAGGUCGGGGGUCACGUCACUGCUGCCAGCUGGUCUGGGAGUAUCGCCCUGGCACCCGCUCACCACCGCCUCCCCGCCUCGCACCCAGGGCAGCAGGGGCCACGGAGGGCGGUCACCGGAGCCCGAGGCCCACGGGACUCGCAGACUUUACGGUGGGCCCGGCUCCAGUUCUGCGCCGUGUUUUGACCCGUUUCGGGGGCAGUUGCUACAGGAGGCACAGAAUGGGCACCGUGAGUUGCCUCCUAUGUUUAUUCGGUUCGUUCUGCUAGAAUCCUUUGGCCAGAUGUCCCUUCAGCCCAGGCUGCGUGCUCUCAUCGAUCCCAUCCCACAGGCCAAGCCUCCAGAAGCCUGGCGCCGCGUGGGGCUGGGGGUGGGGAGAGAACCCCUCUCUUCCCAGCUGGGCCCAGGAAGCCAGCCGAUGUGUCUCGUCUUUGCCAACCGAGGAACGUCUCUGGCCUUGCUGACACCCCUUUGCUCUGAUUGCAAGUCGGGCAGAAAGUGAAGAAAACUGCCUGAGAGCGACUGUCAAAAGCAGGGAUGUGUGUGCAAAGUGGGUAACUAGGUUAGUUUUAUAAAAAAAGUCUCGGGAUUAAAUUUUUUAAUUGGGAUGUUUUAAGUGGCCUUGAUGGACGUGAUUGGGACAUCUGCCAAAACGGGGUUUUAUAGUGUUAAGGAAGGACAGUAAGAGAAUUUCCAGGUACCCUAGAAGUCCGAGCAGCAAGUUCUCUUGUGGUCCGGGGCCCCGGGGUGGGGGGGGGGGCGCGGGUAGGAAUCUCGCACCGGUUCCGCUUCUCGGGCUCUUGCGCGAGAGCCGUGAAGAGAUGGUCGCCUAGGCGGUUAUCUCUACGUGGUUCUGUAAGCUGUUAGCCAAACAGAGUUGUAAUGGGGUUGUAUUUAUAGGCACCUAGAAAGAAGACACAAGCACCUGGUAAACCAGGAUGAAUCCAUUCGUUUGAACAGGUAGAGCGCGUAGCCCUUCCUGAGUUCCCUAGAUAGCUCUUGGGCUUCAGAUAAACCAGGAGAAUUAAGGUUUGAUCCCAGACCCCAAAGCCAGCCUCCGGCCUCCUCCCCUGCCUCAUUUUGCCGUUAGUUGUUUUCUUCCCCACCCCCUGCCCCUUCCCCAGCGAGGGCCAUUCAGAAACCGCCAGGGUGCUCCGAGAAAAGCCAAGAACGUAGUUUGGCCUGCUGUUCCCCCUCGCGGUUACUCUCCCACCUGUCGGUGGGUGAAGAGUGCUUUGUUCCUCCCUCAUCGCGGAAGCGCGUCUCAUCCCGUCUGGGUAAUCGCCUGUACGCGGCAGCGGGGUGUCCCCCUUUCUCCGAGGGCAGUGCUCCGGUGCAAACCUCGCUCAGCCGAAUCCACCGAGGUUGUGCUGUUGAGUCCUGGGCGGCGAAUGCAGUAAGGAGUUCUGAUCGCCGUCACCCGCCGCCAUCGCCCUGUGGCCGUGGGCUGCAGCCACGCUCACACGAGGAAAAAUGUCAGGACCUAAGAGAAUGACUUGGAACCCCCCCAUGCUUGGCAGGCUGGUUUGUGCGGGCCAUUUCCCGUGCGUGGGGAAGUCUGGCAGCCGUGAUGCCUGCCGGUUCCCUCAAAACCACGUGUGCAAGACUUGACCCCAAAUCCGCCUUGUUGCUGGAUGCGCCUGUCGUGGCUCUGUCCGCCUUUGUGCCAGGAAUACGUUCUAACUUCCAGGUGAUUUGAAGUCAGUCUUAAAAGUAAUAGGCUAAAAUGAGUAAAAUACAGUAGCUAUUUGUUCUGAGCCGGAGCUGGACAGGUGUGGGAAAUUUCCGUAUAGCGUAUGAAAAUUUCACCGUGCGGGGAAAUGAUUUUCCACUGUAUCUCGUCUUCUACGAUAAAAAAAAAAAUUCUUCAAAAUUGUACUGUUGCUGUAAGAUGAUUCAAAAUAUUGUUACUGCAGAAUCCUUCUUCAAAAUUGUACCGUUACUGUAAAAUGAUUCAAAAUAUCAUGACAAUAAACUGCAUCAAUUUGUAGCCUAUUAAAGUGCCCUCCAACAUGA